GUUUGAAGCAUAUAAAAUGAUGCUAGAAUUAAAUGAAUGUUAUAGUGCAUCUAACUACAGUCUCACAUAAAAUAGUAAAGUUCUACUGUUGACAAAAUGAAAAUUUUAUUGAUCUCUUUCACAUUCUUAGCAUCACUUGUUGUACUUAGUUCUGCUGAACAACAACAUGCAAAACCGGUGAUUGUUCCAGGCCCAGGCAGUGCCAGCCUCUGCAGAACAAGGACUUAAACACGAACUACAACGCUAGAGCGGAACAGGAGUAUACCUUCGCAUACACUGCCAAUGUUAGAAAAAUCACCAGCCUACGCCUCCACCAAGGUAUUCAAUAAGUUGCCAUCAAUACUAAAAGAUAUUAGAUGCCCAAAUAGGUUCAAGAAAGAGCUGAGGAAUAGAAUAGAAUAGAAAAAUGCUACUACUCAGUAGCUGAGUUUCUUUCAGCGUAAGAGUGAUGCACCUAAAAUUAAAUAGAAAACUAAAGCGGUAUAUAUAUUUUUUAGCGUUCUAAUACUUAUAUAUGCGUACAUUUAAUUUUUUCUAUUGUUAUUCUACUUACUUACUUACUACAAAGCAAAGCACAUUGAAAAAGCACCUUAUAGCGUUGUGAACUCUCUCCCCCGUUGCACAUAAUCUUUCCUUGUCUGAUACAAAGGCCUGAGAUAUAACCAAACCUCGCUACGUUUUGAAGGAUAAUGUCCCAGUAUGUUUCUUUUUAAGUCGUCUUCCUUUUUUGCAUGAGUUGUGCUCUCAUAAGACGUACAUUAGCGAUGGUCUCGUAUGUUCUAUUUUGUAUUGUAUAUUAUGUUUUCUUUAUAUAAUAUAUAUAUAUAUAUAUAU